AUGGGAAAAGACAGUAUGAGUGAUGUUAAGGGUGAGAAGAAUGUGAUAGCCAUGGAUGGUGGAUUGUAUGAGCACUGCAGUGAGUAUAGCAAGUGCCUAGAGAAUACCCUUAAAGAAUUGGUUGGUGAAGAUGCCUCAGAAAGUAUCAUUGAGCUUUUCAAAGAUGGUUCAGGAAUUGGUGCUGCCCUACUUGCAGGCUUAGCAGAAAGUGGAAGCAAACAUUUUGAAUUCAAAAAACAUUUUGAGAUUGUGAGAAAGAAAACCUGGAGAGAGAAACUCUCCCUCCCAGCGUCAGUAGUCACCCUUGCCACCAGUCGUUCGCCGUUGAACGGCCACCGGAGGACUACCCAGACUCUGUCGCCGAUCAUCUUCGCGUCUCUUCCCACAAGUCACGUCUCUUCCCAGCAAUCGCGUAUCUUUCCACCGCUCGCGGCUCUUCCCACAGUUAUCCUGUUUCCAACGUCAACCGGUCUUCAACGGCCACCGGAGGACAGAAUGAAGCCUCUCUUCGACAGAGGCUUCCACUGUGACGCCCCGAGAACGCAGAUUACUCGCGUCUUCCCACUCAUUGCGUGUCUUCGCAUCCCCUUGCUGCUGUGUCCUUCCGCCAGCGUACCGAGAUCAGAAGAUAGCUUGGAAUGGAAAUAAUCGAGGAACAGAAGGUGCAAUUGUCGAAGGUAAUGGCAUCAUUCAAUAUUAAAUAUAGCUUGGUUUUUAAGAAGAUAUUUGAAUGUUUCAAAUGUUAUUGUUUCUUCUCUAAAAAAACGUAUUAUUU